UUUUGAUAAGCAUUCGUCCAUCGCCUCGCGCCACCUUUACAUAAUGUUUAAAACGAAAAGGGGUUCUUCCAGCUGCCUGUGAUCAGAAAAGUGCGAAUCGAUGGCUGAAAUUGUAAAUCAUAUUCGAGUGCGCACGCGCAGAACUGCCGAAGGAAAUUUUCAAAAUGGCGCUCAAUCUACAUUGAACCAAUGUAUUCUUUCACCAUUUUAGAGUUACAUAUGCUUCACUGAUUUGCUGAGCCAAGCUGUCGACUUUCCCAAGCGUAUGAUUCUAUUCUUGCAUCAGAAUGUCUCGGUUUUCUGGAAAAACAUACAGUCGUGUACGGACACGCGACACCUACUCUGAGAAAAUAUUUGAUGACCUGUUUACUGAUGAGGAAGAAAAGACAGGGAAGCCAAAUGCAACUCGAGCUGUCGGUGCGCAUCAGAAGUGGGGGAAUAUAGCAGUGACUUCAGUGCGUGGCCAACAAAAAAAUGACGCAAGUGAAAAUAAGAGGCGAAAGGUUGAUGCAGUGGAUACAGGGCCGGGCGAUCCAUUCAGUUUUGACUCAUUUUCUGAUGAGGAACGUCCAGUUGGAGGGAAGAAGAAAAUGGCUUCCAAAGCAACACGAGGUGGUGUCCAGGCAAAGUCGAGCACGAACAAUAAAAAGCUUAUGAAAUUUGACGGUAGUGAUACAAACGAAAAUCAGACCAAGUCUAGGUAUAAUUUAUCCAAAUCAAACCGGACGGUUACAGGUACGAGUUUAAGGAAAGACACUAAACCCUCUGAGGUCAAAUCUGGUCCAUCAAACAGCAAAGCAGCUGAUUCUGUUUUCGUCAACCAAGCAAAGAUAUUACCUGUGUCCAAAGCGACUUCCGUCAGUGCAAAACCUGCCGCUCUUUCAAUUUCAUCUCCGGCUCCUCCAGUGUUAAAAAAUGCUUCUUCCAGAGUGCAAGUACCUGCAAACAAAACGAAUGAAAACAAGAGACAAUUAUCCAUGGAUGUUUUCACCACUAAAUCGGUGGACAAUUCACAUAAAAAAACGGAGAGUUCCGUAGUUAACGAAGUGUUCCCGUCUUCUCAGAACUCUGGUGAUACCGAGGAUAUAUUUUCUCAGGCAACUCGGACAUCGUCACGCUCUCCGUUAUCUAUACCAACGUCUUUCUCGAGUUCACAGACUCAAUCCAGCAAAGAUAUACCCAUGCCCUCAUCCCCAGAUCAUACAUAUUAUAAAAAUAAACUAUCUUGCACAGACUCGGAAACCGUGAACAGUUGCUCAACUGAUAACGAUUUCGACAUUGGUUUUAACUUCUCGGGUGAUACUCCAGAAAAAUCGAAGCCGUCUCCAGGAAAGCGAUCAGAAUCUCAGACUCCUAUCGAGAGGGAUCAUGCAUAUGUGUCGCCGAUAAAACUCAAAGAGAACAAUUCCCACAAAUCAGUGUCGUCAAAAUUCCAUCCGGUCGCUAGUACAAGUUCUGAUAUGCCAGUUUUGGCUUUGUCUGAUAGUGAUAGUGAUGUGGCGUCCGUCAAGUCCCUACCUGCUGAACUGAAGGAUGAAAAAGAAGUUCCAAAGACAAAGGCACGGGAACCGAGCUUGUUGAAGAAAACUGGAUCCACUUAUGGCAGCAGGAAGAUUUUAAAUAGUCCAAAAAAGCCUGAGAGUAAGGGGUUGAAGCGUUACAACCCAAGGCAGUGGAUAAACAAAGAAGCAUCAAAUGAGUCUUCUGAAAAAGAUGGCGCCCACAGCAGUCAGAGUCAAUCCUCUGUCACCAGCAGCCAGAAGUCUUCAAAGAGUUCCCUCCUUGGCUUUGAUGACUUCGACGAUAAGCCAGCAGAACUACCUGCGUUGAGACGAUCAGUCACUUGGCCCAAGAGACAGGGAGAUGCGCCAGUGUCCACGCUCAGGGUCAACAAGGAACAUAAACAGUUAUUCACAGUUGUAAGGAAUGUGAAGGAAGCCCACGAAUGCCAGGAGCAUGGAGAGACCCAGGAGUUCUUUGAUGAUAUUGAAUACUUGCUGGCAGGACUACGUGAUACGCAAACCGUCACUACUAGGUGUCUCAGCACAUUGAGUUUGGCCAACAAGUGUAUAGAAGCAGCAUUUAGGAUGCAUUUACGAGCUCACGGGACUGUCGCAAAAAUCUUCAGUGCCUUACAUGAUGCAUGCUGCAAUCCAAGUUUGGCUCUCUCCACGUCGGCGAUCAUGUACAUGAUGAGUCGCGACCGCCUCAACAUGGACGUGGACAAGGAUGCGUUGGAACUGAUGAUCAAGCUGCUGAGUAUGGACCUGCAGAAUGAGGGCAAGAAGAAGGGCACCACGGCCAGGCAUGAGACCAUGAAUAAGGAGUUGGAGCGCAUGAAGACAAAGGUGCGCGCGGUGAUUGCGCAGUUGAAGAAAGAUGGCGGUGCCAAGGAAAUCGAUCUGAAUGAAGUCACGACGGGUAACCUGGCUACUGAGACCCUGCUGAGUUUGUCAUCCCGUCGCACUGGUGAUUGGUUUAAAGAAGAAGUCAGAGGACUUGGUGGUCUAGAUCAUAUUGUAGAUACAGUGAGUGAUUGCACUGAUAAUCUGGAUGAAGAUGCAAUAGUGUUGGAUGAUGCCACGAUAGCAAAUUUAAAGAAGAUCGACAGGUGUCUACGCGUUUUAGAACAUGUGACCUACUUAAACAGUGAUAACCAGGCCCACCUGAUAUCUUAUAAUUCCUCAGCUCUCAUCAACUCAGUGUGCAGUUUACUGAAAAUGCUGGAGCGUAUCCUAGCGUUUUAUCCAUUCAAAGAUGGUGAUGAAAAAGACCCGAAGAAGAAUCUUGUUGGACGGACUGUCUUUAACUGUAUGCUUUCAAUACUCAAGGUGCUACUUAAUAUAACCCACGAUAAUGAAUGGGGCAGUUCCAAAGUGGGCCAACACGAAGGUCUGCUGAGUUCAGCUCUGAUGUGUGCUCUUCACUGUCCACAGUAUGCUCCUGGGGAUGAGAGGUUUGACCUAUUGGUGCUGAGUCUUGGUAUGAUGAUCAACCUUGUGGAACACAGCGAAAUCAACCGACGUUUACUUGUCAAUCUGGAGACGGUCUCAUAUUACGAUUCCCCUGUCAACGGUGACAGUAAACCUUCCAAUUCUGUUGAAGCUUUGGAUGCCCUCAUUCAGUUGUUUGUGCAAAAGGAGACUGCCGCUGGCCUCCUGGAGGAGUCGGUAAGCGAUCCUAAAUGUAACAGCCAGUCCCAGUCUUCCCAGGAGAAGGAGAAGCCAAAGGAUGGCGCCAAUGAGAGCGGGGAGUGGGAGGAGUCUGAUUCCGGCCUCCUCUGGGUCAUCGGCAAGAAGAAGACGCAAGAUGGCGAGGAAAGUGACGAGGAACAUAUUGAAAUUAUUCCAAGUUCUCAAGAAGAUGAAGAAAACUUUACCAAAGCACUCCAUAAAGCAGGCAAACACAUGGAAGACAGUAUCGUGGCAGCUUAUGUAGCAUUACUAAUAGGUUGUGUUGUUCAGGAAAACGGGGCAUUAGUAACACGUGUCAAGGACCAGUUACCCGAUGGCAGCUUUGAGCCGAUGAUUGGUGUCCUCACAAAGUUUCUGGGUUUUAUGAACCUGACUAGUGCUGUGGGCAACACUGGUGGUAAAUCCAUAAUCAAGGUGAUAGAAACCCUCAUGAACUCGUGAUCUCUCUAUAUUUAAAGUAUUCCAUGUAUAGUUUGUUGUUUAUUCAAGUAUGUAUGAUUGUGACUGGUAUCAAAGUGGCUACGAAACCCUCACUAAGUUGACUUGUACUGUGAACCGCCAAAUUUUUGCGCCUCCCUAUUUUUGUGAUUUGCCAAAAUAUCUGAAAAAUAAGAAUUUUUAUCAAUUGUUAUUUUAGUGGAUUAUGAAACUUCUCCUAUUUUUUCAUUCACUUUAGAAAAUAUUUUCGCAAAUCAAGAUUGUUCAUUAAAUCCGAUGAAAUGAAAUGCCCGUAAAAACUUGGGGGUUGACAGUAUCAGGAAACUGGGGCUGGCUCUACCACUGACUGAAGCCAUUUUAGGCAUAAUUCAAUUCAAGUUGGAUUUGCAAAAUUGCUAUUGUAAUUUGGCUCAACUUGAUUUCUUCCUGGAAGGUUCUCCUUGUCCUGCUACAUUGUAGAUAAGAAGUAUGAAAACCACCUGUUUGGCUUGGAUAUCAAAAGGUGCAUUUUGGUAAAUAUUCUGGCAGCUUUCUUGGAUCAGGGAUAACUUUUGACAGCUUGAACUAAAAAAAAAAUUUAAUCAAUUUAAAGAACGGAAAUGUGCUUAUCAGUGUCAUAUAUUUAUGUUGAUGCAUUUUACAAGCCCUUCCAUGAAUAUUGGUUUAAAACUGUGCUAUUCGGUUGAAGCGUUUUUGUAUAAUUUUUCAUCAGCCAAAUUUCUCAGUGGUCUUUGCUUUAAUUUUGGUCUCUUUUCCUAUCUUAUAUGUCCUGUGAACAUGCCCUUUUUCAGCAGAAGGGGUUCGAAUCUACUAUUAACUCUGAAAUGUUUGAUUUUCACGAUGUUUGCGAAUGCACUAUCAAGUGCAAACUUAAAGAGUGAGAACAUUUCAACUGUUGUGCAUAAAACCAUUCAGGUUUGGUGGCAAACAGGAUAUUUUUCUGCUGCAAGUAGAAAUGAGCAAAGUCGCUACUUUUAACUUCACAAUCAUUUCACGGUUGACAGUACUGCUAGGUGCCAGUUAGUGAAGUCAUUUCAUGAUGCCGCUGUUGUAUAGUAAUUAUCAUUAUUGGAUAUUUGAUUAAGACAUUUCACUGCCAUGUGCACAUAAUGAUAGUAUAAGUAAAAGGUCUGUGCAGUAAAUAAUUUAUGUAACCCUAAACUAUUGCAUUUGGGAGAUAGGUGGCACGGUGGUCAGAGCACCUCAUGAUCAGGAGGCUAUAGGUUCGACUCACUGAAGGACUACCAGCGUUUCAUCUUCAUGUCCUAACCCUGUAGGCUUGCCUGAGAAAAUAACCUGCGAUGAACCAGCGUCCUGUCCAAGAAGGGGAGUGCUACUGCCAGUUGCUUAAUGCUACAGAAUCCGGGAUAGGCUCCGGCCUAAUGAAACUUUCCCACCUCAGUUCAUACAGCCCAGCAGACUUUAACUAGCUUAAACUGUUGCAUUUGUAGAAACAUCUUCUGAUUCCUCGACCUGCAUGUUUCAUUCCAAGUGAUUCUAACUGUAACUAAUUGACUUGAUUCUAUAAUUCCUAGCAUUUUUCUGAUUUUAUUCUCAUUUGAUAUUUUUACUCUCGACUUUGGAAGUUUGGCAUUGCAACCCUUGGUUUAGGAUUAUUAUCUUAGGUAUUAUGAGUCGGCUGUAGCUUGUAUAUACUUUCAUUCACUUUGAAUCAAUUUUGUUUAUAAAUAGGACGUUAUUGUCAUGUAAUAAUAUUUAAAUAUUUGAUUUGGUGAAAAAAUCUUUGUAAAUAAGUAAAUUUUGCAUUGUAGUUUGGAAAAUGCACAAUUUUGUAUUGAUAGGAUUGCUUAUGUUUUGAUAGCUAUUAAAAGGGCAACAAAGUGUUGAUUAGUAAAUAUUGUAAAGUACAUUUUUUUGGGACACUUGGUAGACUAACAGCCUUUAGGAACAGUGGAAGCGUUACUGCUGUGUUGGCACAUUUCUAAUGUAUUCUUGGACUGUCAUCUAUCCAGUAACUCGGACAUUAGUGCUGGCCAGCAGUUACUCUCGCACUACAAAAUAUUUUGAGUGGACUGCACUGGAUAGUAUAGGUUGGAUGAAAUAUUUACUCUCAAAUUCAUUUUCAUUUCUGACUUGCAUUAUUUCUCCACCAAGGACCCUUUUUCAUUAUAAUGGGAAUCCACCUUGUCAAAUAAGUGUCUUUGGUAUCAAAUCUUGUGGUAACUUGUAUCCAAGGUGUUGCAUGGACAUAGCUAAAUUUGUGUAAGUAUAAAGAGGUCUGAGCUAAAUUUUGUAUAAGUGGUAUUUUAUCAUGGCAUUUUGUAGUGUGAAAAUCUUUGGAUUUCAUGCUUCCUGAAGUUGAGCACUAUAAUCAUGGGAGCGGGAGGUUAUGUCCGUAAAUUCAUCAUUUGACAAAGUGUCCUAAAUGUAAAUAUGGUGUGCACAGCUUUUAAAAUGACUGUGAAUGGUUCAUUGAAUAUUAUGGUCGUAAAGGUAUCACAUAAACAUUUUGGAGUUAAGUCAUCAAUGAAUUAUGUACACACAGUUAAUGCAAUAAAUGAUUUUAUAUGGAAA